ACGGUCAUUAAUGAGGCCUGCCCGGGAGCCGAGUGGAAUAUCAUGUGUCGGGAGUGCUGUGAAUACGAUCAGAUCGAAUGCGUCUGCCCUGGAAAGAAGGAGGUAGUGGGCUACACCAUCCCUUGCUGCAGGAACGAGGACAAUGAGUGCGACUCCUGCCUCAUUCACCCAGGCUGUACCAUCUUUGAAAACUGCAAGGCCUGCCGGAACGGCUCGUGGGGGGGCACACUGGACGACUUCUACGUGAAGGGCAUCUACUGCGCAGAGUGCCGGGCGGGCUGGUACGGAGGAGACUGCAUGCGAUGUGGCCAGGUUCUGCGAGCCUCAAAGGGUCAGAUUUUGUUGGAGAGCUACCCUCUAAAUGCUCACUGUGAAUGGACCAUUCAUGCCAAACCUGGGUUCAUCAUCCAGCUAAGGUUCAUCAUGUUGAGUCUGGAGUUCGACUACAUGUGCCAGUAUGACUAUGUUGAGGUCCGUGACGGGGACAGCAGCAAUGGCCGGAUCAUCAAACGCUUCUGUGGCAAUGAGCGGCCAGCUCCUAUCCGGAGCACAGACUCUUCGCUCCACAUCCUCUUCCAUUCAGAUGGCUCCAAGAAUUUUGAUGGCUUCCAUGCUGUAUUUGAGGAGAUCACAGCAUGUUCCUCUUCUCCCUGUUUCCAUGAUGGCACUUGCCUCCUUGACAAAACCGGAUCUUACAAAUGUGCCUGCCUGGCAGGCUACACCGGGCAGCACUGUGAAAAUCUCCUUGAAGAAAGAAACUGCUCGGACCCUGGGGGCCCAGUCAAUGGGUACAAGAAGAUAGCAGGUGGCCCUGGGCUUAUCAACGGGCACUAUGCGAAAAUCGGCACUGUCGUGUCCUUCUUUUGUAAUAACUCCUACGUUCUUAGUGGCAACGAGAAGAGAACUUGCCAGCAGAAUGGAGAGUGGUCGGGGAAACAGCCAAUCUGCAUAAAAGCCUGCCGAGAACCAAAGAUCUCAGACCUGGUGAGACGCAAAGUUCUUCCAAUGCAGGUUCAGUCAAGGGAGACGCCGUUACACCAGCUCUACUCAGCGUCCUUCAGCAAGCAGAAACUGCAGGGCGCCCCCACCAAGAAGCCAGCCCUUCCCUUUGGAGAUCUGCCCCCCGGGUUCCAACACCUGCACACCCAGCUCCAGUACGAGUGUGUCUCACCCUUCUACCGUCGCCUGGGCAGCAGCCGCCGGACAUGCCUCAGGACCGGGAAGUGGAGUGGACGUGCCCCGUCCUGCAUCCCUAUCUGUGGGAAAACUGAGAACAUCGCCGCUCCAAAGACCCAGGGGAUGCGCUGGCCGUGGCAGGCGGCCAUCUACAGGAGGGCCAGCGGGGUGCACGGUGGCAGCCUGCACAAAGACGCGUGGUUCCUGGUCUGCAGCGGCGCCCUGGUGAAUGAGCGCACCGUGGUGGUGGCUGCCCACUGCGUAACUGACCUGGGGAGGGUCACCAUGAUCAAGACAGCAGACCUCAGAGUCGUCCUGGGGAAGUUCUACCGGGAUGAUGACCGAGAGGAGAAGACCAUCCAGAGCUUGCGGAUUUCUGCAGUCAUCCUGCAUCCCAACUACGACCCCAUCCUGCUGGACACGGACAUCGCCAUCCUGAAGCUCCUGGACAAGGCUCGUGUCAGCACCCGCGUCCAGCCCAUCUGCCUCGCCGCCCCGCGGGACCUCAGCACCUCCUUCCAGGAGUCCCGCAUCACCGUGGCCGGCUGGAACGUCCUGUCCGAUGCCAGAAGCCCGGGCUUCAAGAACGACACGCUGCGCUCAGGGGUGGUCAGGGUGGUGGACUCGCUGCUGUGUGAGGAGCAGCACGAGGACCACGGCAUCCCCGUGAGCAUCACGGACAACAUGUUCUGUGCCAGCCGGGACCCCGCUGCCCCUUCUGAUAUCUGCACGGCGGAGACGGGAGGCAUCGCGGCUGUGUCCUUUCCGGGGCGGGCGUCCCCCGAGCCACGCUGGCAUCUGGUGGGGCUGGUCAGCUGGAGCUAUGACAAAACAUGCAGCCACGGCCUCUACACAGCCUUCAGCAAGGUACUGCCUUUUAAAGACUGGAUUGAGAGAAACAUGAAAUGA